AUGAAGACUGCCCUGCUGCUGGUCCUCAUAGCUGUAUUGGUCUACGCAUACGAUCCAGUGUUCGUAAAUGAGCUCAGGGACUUGGUCAAAGACAAAGGCGACAAAAAAUUGCUGAAAGUGCUCAGACAUAACGCGUAUAUGAUACGCUCUACAAAAGAAGCUAAAGUCAACGAAAUUCUGAAAAAACAAGAUGAAGCCACUCAGAAGCUUUAUGCAGAGACUGUGCAAGCCAAAAAGCUCAAGCGUAAAGCAAAAAUUGACAAGAGGAUAUCGAAAGCUGGAGAAAAAGAUCAAGCAGUGAAGGACUACUUGGAACAAGCUGAAAAGAUCAUAAAUGACAUGACUAUUUCAGAUGACGAUGCAAGAAAGAAACUGAAGGAACUCAAAGCAAAGCUGAACAAAAAGCAGCGCAAACUUCUGAUAAAACUAAAGAAGUUUACAUGAUUCUUCCUCGAUCUGACGGUAACAAAAUUUGCGAUACCACGAUUUAUACGCGUUUACUAGAAAAAUAAACAGUUGAUUCAAAACC